GCGGUGUACGCCUCCACGACGAAGGGCGGCGUCAAGCUCAUCUUCAAUGGCCACCUGUUCAAGUUCUCGUUCCGCAAGGCGGACUACUCGGUGUUCCAGUGCUGCUACCGGGAGCACGGCGAGGAGUGCAAGGUGCGCGUGGUGUGCGACCAGAAGAGGGUCUUCCCCUAUGAGGGCGAGCACGUCCACUUCAUGCAGGCCAGCGACAAGAGCUGCUUACCUUCGCAGUUCAUGCCGGGCGACUCGGGAGCCAUAUCCACGAUGUCCUCCAACAAGGACACCAAGGUGGAGCUGCUGAUCAAAAACACCACGAAGCUGGAGGACUCCGACGCCAAGGAGGACGAAGACUUCGAGGAGUUUGAGAUUCAGGAGAUAGACGAGAUCGAGUUGGACGAACCGCUGCCAGAGAAGACGGCAUCCAAGGAGGAGGAGCAGGUGGACCCCAAUGAUUUCCGUGAAAAGAUCAAGCGACGCCUCCAGAAGGCUCUGCAGAGCAAGAAGAAGUGACACUAAAUACGCCUUAAACUUCAAAUUAUACUUUCUAUAUUUACUUGAGGACAAGGAGGUGGACUACAGUGGUUUUUCCGCCUCUAGAGGCUCUGCAGAGCAAGAAGUGACACUAAAUACGCCUUAAACUUCAAAUUACACUUUCUAUAUUCACUUGAGGACAAGGAGGUGGACUCCAAUAAUUUCCGCGUAAAGAUCUAGCGACGCCUAAGGAGGGCCUGCAGAACAAUAAGAAGUUACACUGAAUAUGCCUUAGAGCUCACAUUAUACUUUCUAUAUUCAUUUGGGUUUUAAACACCCCUACCAAGUACUAAAUAAUUAAGUUUUUCGUAAUAAAACGAUGUCAAUAAAUCAGAUCUUCAA